GACCGCGAUCUGUCAGAUAGUCCUCCGGUCUCGCGCCUCGCUGAGCUCAUUGUGGAGGGACAGCAGUGUGGGAAGAACACUGUCUGAGCGCACAAAACCACCUGCCCCAUCCAGACCAUUAAAUCCAGAUUAACACCCACCCGGACUAUCAGCAUCUGAGAUAACAGCAAACAUGGGCAAGAAAUCCAAACUCAAAGUGUCAAGUGACAAAAAAGAGGAGAAUGGAGAUGUAAGCGGUGAGAAAAAUGGAAAGGAAGAGAAGGAGGAAAAGGAAAAGUUGGAGAUGGUGGGACCGAUAGAAUUAUUUCGAUAUGCAGAUAGUAUCGACAUUUUACUGAUGAUGCUUGGCUUAAUCAUGUCCAUGGCCAAUGGGGCAGUUCUUCCUCUCAUGGUAAUUGUAUUUGGAGACAUGACAGACAGCUUUGUGGACGAUACAUUGUUGGACAAUUUGAAGAACAUUACCCUUCCACCAAACUUCACCUUUCCACAGACCAGUAAUAUCACUUUGGGGGAGAAGAUGACAACACAUGCUAUAUACUACAGCAUCAUGGGAUUUGUGGUCUUGGUGGCGGCAUAUAUGCAGGUGGCCUUUUGGACUCUUGCGGCAGGACGUCAGGUGAAGAAACUUAGAACGACAUUCUUCCACUCCAUCAUGAAACAGGAGAUCGGCUGGUUUGACGUCAAUGAGACGGGACAGCUCAACACACGCCUUACAGAUGAUGUAUACAAAAUAAAUGAAGGCAUUGGGGAUAAGCUUGGCAUGCUGAUUCAGAAUCUCACUACUUUUCUUGUUGGCAUUGUCAUUGGCUUUGCUAAAGGCUGGAAGCUGACCCUCGUCAUCCUCGCUGUUAGCCCGUUACUUGGUAUCUCUGCUGCUGUCAUCGGAAAGGUGAUGACAACAUUCACGUCGAGGGAGCAGACGGCCUAUGCGAAGGCUGGAGCAGUGGCAGAGGAAGUACUGUCAUCCAUCAGAACCGUCUUUGCCUUUGGUGGACAGAAGAAAGAGAUCAAAAGGUAUCACAAAAACUUAGAGGAUGCCAAGAACGUUGGUGUAAGAAAGGCCAUAACUGUGAACAUUGCUAUGGGCUUCACAUUCUUCAUGAUCUAUAUGUCCUAUGCACUGGCCUUUUGGUACGGCAGCACUCUUAUCCUGGCUGGGGAAUAUACCAUUGGCAUGCUUUUGACGAUUUUCUUCGCCGUCCUAAUUGGAGCUUUUGGCCUCGGUCAAACAUCUCCUAACAUCCAGACCUUCUCCAGUGCUAGAGGAGCCGCCCAUAAAGUUUUCCAGAUCAUUGAUCAUGAACCCAAGAUUAACAGUUUCUCUGAGGAAGGCUACAAACUUGACGUUGUUAAAGGAAACAUUGAGUUCAAAAACAUUCAUUUUAGAUACCCCUCGCGAGAUGAUGUGAAGGUUCUGAAUGGCAUGAAUCUUAAAGUCAUGAGUGGACAGACCAUUGCUUUAGUGGGCAGCAGUGGGUGUGGAAAAAGCACAACAAUCCAGCUGCUGCAACGCUUCUAUGACCCACAGGAAGGGAGCGUUUCUAUAGAUGGUCAUGAUAUUCGCUCUCUGAACGUGCGAGGUCUGAGAGAACUGAUUGGUGUGGUCAGUCAAGAACCAGUGCUGUUUGCCACAACAAUUGCAGAAAACAUCCGCUACGGCCGGCAAGAUGUCACUCAGGAGGAAAUUGAGCAGGCUGCACGUGAAGCCAAUGCCUACAACUUCAUCAUGAAACUCCCUGACAAAUUUGAGACUCUAGUUGGAGACAGGGGAACCCAGAUGAGUGGCGGACAAAAGCAGCGUAUUGCUAUUGCACGAGCACUUGUGCGCAACCCAAAAAUCCUUCUUCUCGAUGAGGCUACGUCUGCCCUGGAUGCAGAGAGUGAGACUAUUGUGCAAGCAGCUCUAGAUAAGGUGAGGCUGGGAAGGACCACCAUAAUAGUGGCUCACCGACUCUCUACUAUUCGAAAUGCUGAUGUCAUCGCUGGUUUCCAGAAUGGUGAAAUAGUAGAACUGGGGACGCAUGAUGAACUGAUGGAAAGAAAAGGAAUCUACCACUCUCUCGUUAAUAUGCAGACAUUUAAAAGUGCAGAGGCUGCAGAGGACGACAGUGAGGAGAUGACUAUGGAUGAGAAGAGUCCUUCAGUCAGCUCUAUGAAUGAACGCACACUCUUCAGACAGAAAUCCAGAAGUGGCUCAGAGAAAGAGCUGAAGGAAGAAGAGAAACCGGCAGAGGAAGAAAAGGUUCCGAACGUCUCGUUCCUGACCGUCCUGAAACUGAAUUAUCCUGAAUGGCCAUACAUGGUGGUUGGAAUUCUCUGUGCUACCAUCAACGGAGGCAUGCAGCCUGCUUUUGCUGUCAUCUUCUCUAAAAUCAUUGCAGUGUUUGCUGAGCCUGAUCAGGAUCUUGUACGGCAGAGGUGUGACCUCUACUCGCUGCUGUUUGCUGGCAUUGGAGUUUUGUCCUUUUUCACUCUUUUCUUACAGGGUUUCUGUUUUGGCAAAGCUGGCGAGCUUCUGACCAUGCGGCUGAGGUUUAAAGCCUUCAAUGCAAUGAUGAGACAGGACCUGGCCUGGUAUGAUGAUACCAAGAACAGCGUGGGUGCGCUGAACACCAGACUGGCUGCGGAUACUGCUCAAGUGCAGGGCGCGACUGGUGUGAGAUUGGCAACACUGGCACAGAAUGUGGCCAACCUGGGCACUGCCAUUAUCAUCUCAUUUGUGUACGGUUGGCAGUUGACCCUCCUCAUCCUUUCAAUUGUGCCAAUCAUGGCUGUGGCAGGAGCUAUUCAGAUGAAGUUACUGGCGGGUCAUGCUCUAAAAGACAAGAAAGAGCUUGAACAAGCUGGAAAGAUUGCAACAGAAAGCCAUUGAGAAUGUCCGUACUGUGGUUUCAUUGACCAGAGAGAGCAAGUUUGAAAGUCUCUAUGAGGAGAACUUAAUUGUGCC